AUGUCUGAAUGUGUUAUUCCGAUGUCUGAAUGUGUUACUCCGAUGUCUGAAUGUGUUACUCCGAUGUCUGAAUGUGUUACUCCGAUGUCUGAAUGUGUUACUCCGAUGUCUAAAUGUGUUACUCCGAUGUCUGAAAGUGUUACUCCGAUGUCUGAAAGUGUUACUCCGAUGUCUGAAAGUGUUACUCCGAUGUCUGAAAGUGUUACUCCGAUGUCUGAAAGUGUUACUUCGAUGUCUGAAUGUGUUACUCCGAUGUCUGAAAGUGUUACUCCGAUGUCUGAAUGUGUUACUCCGAUGUCUGAAUGUGUUACUCCGAUGUCUGAAAGUGUUACUCCGAUGUCUGAAUGUGUUACUCCGAUGUCUGAAAGUGUUACUCCGAUGUCUGAAAGUGUUACUCCGAUGUCUGAAAGUGUUACUCCGAUGUCUGAAAGUGUUACUCCGAUGUCUGAAAGUGUUACUCCGAUUGUUACUCCGAUGUCUGAAAGUGUUACUCCGAUGUCUGAAUGUGUUACUCCGAUGUCUGAAUGUGUUACUCCGAUGUCUGAAUGUGUUACUCCGAUGUCUGAAUGUGUUACUCCGAUGUCUAAAUGUGUUACUCCGAUGUCUGAAAGUGUUACUCCGAUGUCUGAAAGUGUUACUCCGAUGUCUGAAAGUGUUACUCCGAUGUCUGAAUGUGUUACUCCGAUGUCUGAAAGUGUUACUCCGAUGUCUGAAAGUGUUACUCCGAUGUCUGAAUGUGUUACUCCGAUGUCUGAAAGUGUUACUCCGAUCUCUGAACGUGUUACUCCGAUGUCUGAAAGUGUUACUCCGAUGUCUGAAAGUGUUACUCCGAUGUCUGAAAGUGUUACUCCGAUGUCUGAAAGUGUUACUCCGAUGUCUGAAAGUGUUACUCCGAUCCGUAAGCGUCUGAUCCCCAACCUCGAACAUACAGACAUCCAAUUUUCUGAAUAUGGGUUAAAAAAGGCAGUAGGAUCAGGGUCACCAAACCCUCAGCCAGAGGGGUCAGGGGUCACCAAGCCCUCAGCCAGAGGGGUCAGGGGUCAACAAGUCCUCAGCCAGCAGGGUCAGGGGUCACCAAGCCCUCAGCCAGAGGGGUCAGCAAGUCCUCAGCCAGCGGGGUCAGGGGUCACCAAGCCCUCAGCCAGAGGGGUCAGGGGUCACCAAGCCCUCAGCCAGUGGGGUCAGGGGUUCACCAAGCCCUCAGCCAGCGGGGUCAGGGGGUCACCAAGCCCCCAGCCAGAGGGGUCAGGGGUCACCAAGCCCCCCAGCCAGCGGGGUCAGGGGGUCACCAAGCCCCCAGCCAGCGGGGUCAGGGUCACCAAGCCCCCAGCCAGCGGGGUCAGGGUCACCAAGCCCUCAGCCAGCGGGGUCAGGGGGUCACCAAGCCCCCAGCCAGAGGGGUCAGGGGGUCACCAAGCCCCCAGCCAGCGGGGUCAGGGGGUCACCAAGCCCCCAGCCAGCGGGGUCAGGGUCACCAAGCCCCCAGCCAGAGGGACGUGCUACUCCAUCGCUGACCCCAGCACUACAACAUCCUGCACUCCCCCAUUCCCGUCUUACACCUUCUACAUCACCCUAUUACCCCAUGCUCAUUCCACCUAUCGCCGUUUUACACAUUCCCCAUCAUCCCAUUAA